AUGACGAUGGAGCAGAGCUGGGAGCAGAUAUACAGCAGGGAGAACGCCACACAUCUUCAAGGGACUGGGAGCAGCAGUACCAGGCUGGAGAUCGCAGUGACUGCGACUGUGCGGCGCUUCACGGCGAUGCUGGGCGGCACCAGCCCGGUACAAGCAGGCGCGCCCCAGGCGGAUGAUGGGGCGAUGUGGUUCCGACCAGCGACGGCGGCGAGAACCACUGUUGGAGGUGUGGGGCUUGACAUGGUGCUGUGGGAGAGGAUGAGGUGGGAGGUGGAGAGGGGAGGCCGGUGGGUUGCGGCCACCGGCAAUGGCCACGAGGAGAGGAUCCAGCGGACAGAGAGGCGCGACGACGGCCUGGGCCACUGGAGCAAGUUUGGGUGCUAUUUGCUGGUUGAGAGGUUUGUGCUCAGGAGGAUGGAUGGCACCGUGGCACUCACCUGUGAGUUCAGGCACACAGACAAGAUUAAAGCCAAGUGGCUAUGA